CAUAAAGCUGCCAGUGCUCCUGCGCUCCCUAUCCCGCAAUUCACGCUCAGCCGUCUACCUUUACGGCAUUCAGAUUCUCACCUCUCGCCUGCUAUAACCAUCGACGCACUCACUCCUUGAUCACCAUCACCUUAACCUCAACACAGCCUCAAGAUGCCGCCGACCAAAGCAGAACUUGACGGCGCUCUGAGCGAGAUCAAGAGCACACUGUCCAACAGAGAGAGCAUGAUCGCCAAAGCCUACGCCAAUCAUCCGGACCCCAAUGCUUGGUACCUCCACUUUAUCAACUGUCUGUCGAUGAUCGUUCAGGGACCGCUCUCCAAGGUCGAAGAGAGUAGCGAGUCCGGUUCCCUGACCAAGGCCGUCAAACGCCGCCGUGUCGAUGAUGAGGUGACGAUCCUUCAAGGCUUCAGAGGCGGUGGAAGGGUCUUAGAGUCGGAGGAGGACACCACGUACAAGUUCAUAGGCCCUGCCAACUUUCGGGUCGUAACACCAUACAAUGGCCCCAGAGCUUUUAUUUUUCGUACCUGCCUGUUUGUCCGUGGCGGCACUAAAGUCCUUGUCAAUGAUGCCAAUGAGGUUGAAGUUGUUAGAAAGUCAGCUCCCGCGAACUUCGCGUUCGCAAAGACCGCGAAUGGACAGGAGGUGAAGAAACAACCGGCGGUCAAGACGGAGACGGACUAG